CUGCCCCUCCCCCACGCAGUCUCGACCUUCCACUUCCACCCCAACAGACCCCACGCUCUUCGCCAUCGCGACCAGCUCGGCAUCGGUCUCGCUGUUCCGGGUCUCGCUGCCCUCGGGAGGGGAACCCGAGAUCCGGCCGCUGUGGACGAAAGCCGUGCACGAGGACCCGAGCAUCCCGGCGCUAUUCCUGCCUGGACGCCUGCAUCAUGGCUGACAGCCGAGCGCGCGGACGGGGUCGCGGUCACGUUCUCGGAUGGCCGGACGAGCGUCUUCGGCGCGCCCGAGGGCAUCUCGGACGGAGCCGAUGCGGAGAGCGGGCUGGUGGAGGUGGGGUGCUUUGCGGCGCGGGAGAGCAUUGAGGUGUGGUUUGUUGCUGUUGCUGUUCUUUCGGAUGGUGAGGGUAGGGAGCCGGUUAUGUUUACGGGGGAUGAUUUUGGGGGGUUGCAUACGCGCCGGUUCCAUCCCCAUGAGAAGGACGAGGGGGAAGCGGAGCUGCUGGCGCCGGUUGUCUCCGAUUAUAAUGAUCGUGCCCGCCAUCAUACCGCUGGUGUUACGGCUAUCUUGCCCCUGUCCGUUGAGUUGGAGGGCGGCGCGCCGGUCGUCCUAACCGGGAGUUAUGAUGAGUCUCUACGGGUGUACCAUGCGACGCGGCGCGGGGAGGUGCUGGCGGAGGUGGGCUUGGGGGGUGGCGUGUGGCGGUUGCAGUUGCUGCGGACGGAGCAUUCUGUCUUGGCUGCUGGAGAGGAGUGGAAGUUCCUUGUGCUGGCGAGUUGUAUGCAUGCGGGCACGAGAGUGGUCAGGGUUACGCACACGGUGGGAGAGGCCGCCGGGUGGGAGAUUGAGGUGUUGGCCGAGUUUACGGAGCAUCAGAGUAUGAACUAUGCGUCUGAUGUGUGGAAGCCGGACGGCGGGUAUGAUCUGCAAGGCAAGGACAUGUCGGAGCUGCUCUGUAUCUCGAGUAGUUUCUACGACCGGAGACUCUGCUUGUGGCGGGUCAAUGUAUAA